AUGAACGCCGCCGAAGCGUCCACCAGUCCGACUGACGUCUCCGUCCCCUCGCGGCAUCGAAGCCGCCCUUCGGUGCCAAUCUCUGCUUAUACGCGCAGCUGCGCUUCGUGCCGAAGACGGAAAGUCAAAUGCGACAGGCAGCGACCAUGCGCCAACUGUGCGCGCGCAGAACAUGAGUGUGUCUAUCCACCGGGCCGUGGGAGGGCCCCAAAGCAGCCGCGCAGCCGUACAUUGACGGCCCAACUUUCGGAGCGACUGUCUCAUUUGGAUGCCAUGAUUCGACAGCUGAGGUAUCGACGAGGCGCGAGCGUCUCGCCUGGAGUGCCGCCAGCAGAAGGGUUCCUGGUCCAGGAUGGUGCCUCUACGCAAUACAUAGAUGAGGUCCUCUUUGCGCACGUGCUUGAGAAGGAUAACGACAUUCGAUCGGCUAUUAGCAGCCCUGGAAGUACCAAUGCAAGUAGUCAGCGGCCAUCCGAUACAUGCGGAUUCGAUGGCCUGAUCUCAGAUCCCACGCCGGACUCGUACUGUCGAAGUCCGUCGCGCAGACAGGCAACGCAGCUGUGGCAAGUCUACCUGAAUAACGUCGACCCCCUUCUCAAGCUUCUCCAUAUUCCUAGCGUAAACUCUCGUAUUUUCGCGGCCAUCAACCACCCGAAUCAAGUACCCGCAGGCACGAGCGCGCUUCUUUUCGCAAUCUACUUCGCCGCCGUCACCAGUCUACCUUCUCCGGAUACUAUCCUGAUAUUAAACCAGGACCGGCAGUCUGCGCUCAAUCGAUUUCAGCGAGCACUAGAGGUUUCUCUUCAUAUGGCAGCGUUUCUGGAUUCGCCCACUAUUACCACUUUACAGGCGAUGACGAUCUACCUGAGAUGUCGUCGGAAUCAUAGUGGUGGUCGUUCCGGUUGGGCUCUCAAUGGCCUGCUCAUCCGCAGCGCCCAGUCUAUUGGGCUUCAUCGAGACCCGGAGCAUUUCAAGCUCACGCCGCUGGAAUGUGAGCUUCGUCGACGAUUAUGGUGGCAAAUCUGCGGGUCCGACAAUCGGGUCGCUGAAGAUCAUGGGCUUUCGACUGGUUGGGUGGAGAAUUCAUGCGAUACGAAGCUACCCUUGAAUGCUGACGACAAAGAUAUUUGCGCAGAAACGGAUGUUGCCCCAGUGCCUCGAGAGGGAUGGACCGAAAUGACAUUUUUCCUACUUACCGCAGAGCUCAACGAAGCACUCCAGCAAGCCUCUCGAAUGUCCUUAGGGAUCCUUAACAGCCAGAGCCCCACGGACAGCUUGGAACAACUGUUAGAGCAUGUAAGACAAAGAAUUGAAGGGAAGUACCUGAAGUAUUGCGAUCCCAACAUUCCGCUGCAGAAGGCUGCCAUUUUGCUGGGCCAAGUUCUUCUAGGAAAACUCGGCGUUUUCAUCCGGCAACGAUACCUGAAAAGACUAGGUGCGGAAGAGUCCGCUGCUCGUGCGGUGGAGGAAACAUUUGCACUGGCGUGUGACAUCCUGUCUCUGGGCAUAGAGUUGAAAGAGGACGAGCUCCUGAACAGUUACCAGUGGCAUUUCACCACGUAUCCCCAAUAUCAUUUGCUUACCUACACGCUGUGGCAUCUCUACGUGCGUCCGGACGUGCCCGGGGCAGACCGAGCUUGGGAGCUGGUGAACAAGUCAUUCAGCAUGACUGAACUUCCUUCCAGACCCAGUCCUGGGCCAAAAUGGAAUGCUCUACGCAGGCUGCGAGAGAAGGCAUUGAGCAUGCGCCGCGUUUAUCAAACCGCACAGAUUCCUGCGGUAGAUGCAGAGAGCAUGGAGGCCGACAACACGCAAGCUGAGAAGCUAAGUGAUGAGGAGUUCAUUGAGGCAUUUAGAGGCGAUAUGCUCUGGGAUCUGGAUUCAGUCUGCUUUCCAGAUUGGUCGACCUUACCUCUAGCAUUGUGA